GAAUGCACGUGUUACACGAAUUAAAUUGGACAAAAUUAGUAUACGAACCGCUGCACAAGUUUGAGACACAGAUCAUAUCAACGAAAAACAUACAAGGAUACGACAGCAAGAAUACGGAACAGUGGUCAUUAACAGGCGCGCUUUUAUACUCGGUCACAGUUAUUACAACAAUCGGAUACGGCAAUUUGGCACCAAAAACACCAGAAGGCAAAAUCGUUACUAUGAUCUACGCGUUAUUCGGCGUACCRCUAAUGUUGCUGUGCAUAUCCAAUCUGGGGUCCCUAUUGGCCGGCACUUUUCAGUUUGCGUACUCCCAUUCGUGCUGUUUCUCCAAGAGGAAAUCGGAAAAUCGGCGGGAAAAGUCGUCGAAAAAAUCAUCUUCGGCUGUAAGCGCAGGAUCUGUGCAACACACUCCACCACCGCCACAGCAGUACAAUACGAGUCACCACCAAAGGACAGAGUUGUCACCGAGAUCCAGACAACUGCAAAUAGGUGGCAGCGGAGGAAAACCAGUKUACCGUUUGACGUCCGAGGCCAAACACGUCCUGUGUGAAUGCGCAGAGUAUCAACUUGCCAACUCGCCGACACACGACCACGUGGCUGCGCAUAUUCUCCGACAACUGGGCGAUCGUCCGGACUUUUCGACGRCGGCUGUGAAACAUGACGAAUACGCGUACGAUGACGGUGUCGGCGAUGGCGAAAACAACGAAGACUGUUACCAAUGCCAAAUGUACGGUGGAGCACACGGGACGCCCAGCCGAGUGCCUCUCCUAAGCGGCAACCGCCAACAGCAGCGGCGGCGUGGUGGAGGUGCGGACAAAAGCCGGCGACAAAACACCACGGCCGCGGCCACCGCCUCGGAACAUUAUCAUCGCGAGGUAGCUGCGGCGGCGGCGGCGGCGGCUGCUGCUGCGGCCGCAGGGGCUGCGACCAACAGCAAGAGGCCAAACAAGAGGCGCAACGGCGCACCACCCGGCGUACCGGUGGCCCUGGUGCUGCUCGUGUUGACCGGUUACAUUUGUCUGGGCGCGGCCGUGUUCGCCGCAUGGGAGGGCUGGACGUUCAUAGACGGCGCGUACUUCUGCUUCGUCACGCUGUCCACGAUUGGGUUCGGCGACCUGGUACCGGGAAAAUCGUUCCAGGGCACCGACACGCAAAACGGACAGCUGCAGCUGGUCGCGUGCUGCGGUUACUUGCUGUUCGGCCUGGUUCUGAUCGCCAUGUCGUUCUCGCUCGUCCAAGAGGAGGUGGUGUCCAAGUGCAGGCACGCCGCCCGCUACGUAGGCUUACUCAAACAGCCACCCCGACCCGGGACCCAGCCGUAUGCUUUGUAAUACCACAUUGUAACCCUCAUCCUCCCACCCACUCAUAUUUAUCAACCUUUAUUGUUAUGCAUUUAUAAAACCAAAAUUAUAAAAUAUAUGCCCAAAACAUUGUCCAUGAGUCACGGUAAACAAAAAACGACCCCAAUGACAGCAUAAUAUUAUUUAUAUUAUUAUAUAUAUAUAUAUAAUAUAUAUAUUAUGUAUAAUAAUACACGAUGAGCACGUAACAAUUUCUCCCACCAUUGAAUUUUCAAACGAUUUAUAUCAAAAAUCCGACACGUGUACUUUUGAACUUUUUGUGGYAACCGUGUUUCUAAGGGGAUGUACGGGUAAUGAUAAUUACCCCUUAAAAUGUAUCGUAUGAUAUACGUAAUAUAUUAUAACGGAAUGCGCAUAUCAGCCGCUAAACCGUACUCAUCACUCGAUCGAUCGCUACCGUAUGCAUAUUAAAUGCAAUAACGUUAUUAUAUAGAUUACGUUACGAUUAAUUGUAUUAUUUAAAAUCCUAUGGCGUUAGUGACAGAUGUCUGUACCCUUCAUACAAUAAUACGAUAUAUACGAUCGAAUCGAUUCCUAUGACAAACGGUUUCCUAUAAUAUCUCUUCUCUCUCUCUCUCUCUCUCUCUCUCUUAAACUUUCUUACUCUGCCUGUACUCAAUUAAUCUCUCAAACACGCACAUAUGCGCGAUAACACACACUGUCGAGCGUAUAUCCGUAACACGCACACCUGUUGGCAUAGGGCUUAUGUCUUAAUGCGCAUACAUUUUGGAAUCGUCUCCAUAUCAUUUUUGCAUAAAAUAAUUUGCACGAUCAUAGUUCCCAAACGUCGAUACUGCAACUCAAUGAUUUGUUUAAAUGUUUUAUAAACGAAAAUCGCUUAAAGUCAUAAAACAUAAUAUUAAUUAUUAUACUUGUUUCGCGCUGUGUAGCUGAUUGCAGGGAAACGUUGGUCCGGCUGAAAUAAACUAUUAACACUUUUCCAGCAACCCAUCAAGUUACUGUUUACAUAUUAUACUAUCGGAAUAAUAUAUCCUGUUAUAUUAUUUAUUGCGUAUUUUUCUCCGAACGAAAGAAUARACCACUCACGUCCCACAAUGUUAAAACGAUGUAUAUAAGUUUUAAAAAGUUGAUUUAUCGUAAUAUGAUUGUGUUUUGUUGACGUUUUURAAAACGAGUUGUUCUUUAUGUAUAAAUAUUAUAAAAUCGAAAUAGAUGAUUUUAACUUUGACUCUUAUUUAUACACGUACGAAACAAAAAUUGAAAAACCAUGUACUUUUAUAAAAAUGUCAUUCUCUAGUCAAAUGUACCUCUAUGAUUAUUAUA